AUGUUCGACAACGCGACAGCAGACGCAGCAGUGUUCUGUGUCGGAUUGAAUGGAGAUAAAGCCGCCAUUAUAACGCAUGCUUUAAUUCCAUUGGUAGUUCGUUUAUCGGUGAAGCGGCUUGCGGCCGUAAAAUUUCAUUUUUUUUUGGAAAAAAUCGUGUGUAUUUCGAAAUAUAUAAAAUAUUAUCCCCGGAUUGCAUUAUAUUUUUGUGAUGACUUCGUUAUAAUACGCAGCGCAAUCUGCUGCAGUGACACACAGAGUAGAUCGAGUGUGACAUGUGAUGACCGCGGUGCCAUCCGCGUAUCAGCGCAGAAAUUCGAGUUACGAUUCGAAUUAGAUACGGAAAUAUUGUGCAAAAAGGGAAUAUAUUGUACACGUCGUACCAGUUCUCGCUCUAUGUUUUUUCCGUUUCUCGUUUUACUUCUCCUUGCGAGCGAGAACGAGCGCUUUCCACGAUACCACCUCCAUGGCGCGUCGUCCUUCGGCAGCCGUAUAGCGUCAUCGCUGAAGUCAGUAUCUGUUCGACAGUGUCGUAGGAUCAGCGGAGAUAACCGAUAGUGGCCUAAAACGCGUUCGUAAAUUCUUGUUCGGAUUGUACUUUGUACCUGUGGGUCAGUGCAUUCUCCAUCAGCAGCAGGUGGAGUCAACAACGUGACGAAAAACGUAUCGGGACCUGCAGCUUGAAUGAAGUUUUUCCCUUCCGCGAAGCAUUUUCCACGGUGACCAUGUCGUUAUGAAUUGAUGAGUCUAGUGUUGGCAAAGUGACCACCACCAGCACGAAUGAUGAUUUGUGCGAGUGUAUGGGUAUGGUGACAUUGGCACAACAGCAGCAGCAAACGCUCGAUGGUAAUCAUCAGUGUCAGAAGGAGCAAAAUCACGUAAACGGUGCUGCUGUGUCUGCCGAGAGUCACGCGGUUGACAAGUUUCGCGGCGAGGCUGCGCGCUCGGCGAGGGAAACCGCGGUCGUCGCUCCAGGCAAUGGUAGCGCUGGAGAUUCCUCUACGCAGUGCAGUGACGUAGACGACGACGAUGAGGAAGAGGAGACGGACGUUGAGGAAGACGGUAGCGGCGGCGGCUGGAUCACGAAUCUGCCGGUGUCGUCGACUAUUGUUCAGCAGCAUCAAGCGGUUGCCACCACGAACGGCGAUGUCGUCCUGCCGAACGCCGAUCCGUCGAAUUUCGGUGACAUUUGCGUAAAGAACUCGACGAAUGUGCAUCUGGGUAACAAGACCUUCUACAAGGGUCCGGUUACUAUAAAGCAAUUCGUUUAUACGAAUCCCAUUUCGGUCCAGGAUGUAGAUAAUAAAUUCGACGUCAGCCGCGCCUCCGACGUCAACGUCUCGCAUUUGUCGACGAAUAAGAACGAAGAAGUCUCCAAUGGAUCUAUUUUUCCGCAAAAUACUGAAUUAAAUAAAGUGACGCGAUGUCUCUGGACUUGGAGAUGUGCGGCUUUAUCGUGCGUUCUAGCUUUAAUACUUCUAGCUACUAUAGUGGUCACAGUUGUAUAUUUCACCCAAUCUCAUCACUCAACUGCACCAGUCUUCCCACAAAUUCCAGACUCAUCGAUCGAGGGUAUAACAGUAAAUUCGGUACGUUUUGUUGAGAGAAACGAAUGGGGUGCGCAGCCACCCUCGGAACCUCUAACAAAACUGAAGCUGCCAGUACCAUACGUUAUUAUUAGUCACACCGCGACAGACUUCUGUACCACGCAAUCACAGUGUACAUUCCAUGUAAGAUUUGCUCAGACUUUCCAUAUCGAAUCUAGACAGUGGUCGGAUAUCGCCUACAAUUUCCUCGUCGGAGGCGACGGUCUCGCAUACGUUGGCAGAAGUUGGGACUACGUCGGCGCCCAUUCCUUCGGUUUUAACAAACCGGCUGUGAUGGAGAAAGAGGAUAAGACAUUUUCAUCAGCAGGAUAUACGGCGGAUGGUAUAAAUGAUGCAACAGCUAUGGAUCGUAUUAAUUUAGUAAAAAAAUCUCAAAGAAUAGUUGAUUUUACAGACUUUAUUGUGCAGAUACGAUCUAAUAAAGUGAUCACGUGGAAAAUUGUCGUGGCUUUAUUGUGCGUUCUAAUUUUAUUACUUCUCGCUACUAUUAUAGUGGUCACAACUGUAUAUUUUACUCACCAGAAAGCACCGGAAAUUCCAUCAGACUCAUCGCCCGAAGGUAUAACAGAAACUUCGGUAACUUUCGGUUUUGUCGAGAGAAACGAAUGGGGUGCGCAGCCACCCUCAGGACCUUUAACAAAACUAAAGCUGCCAGUACCAUACGUUAUUAUUAGUCACACCACGACAGACUUCUGUACCACGAAAUCACAGUGUACAUUCCAUGUGAAAUUUGCUCAAACUUAUCAUAUCGAAUCUAGACAGUGGUCGGAUAUCGCCUACAAUUUCCUCGUCGGAGGCGACGGUCUCGCAUACGUUGGCAGAAGUUGGGACUACGUCGGCGCCCAUUCCUUCGGUUUUAACAGCAAGAGUAUCGGCAUUUCCUUUAUCGGUACAUUCAAC